UGCUUGUCAACGGUUAUCCAGCCCUGUGCCCUAACAAGUAGCAUCGAUCAUUCUCUCCUUACUUACCAUUAUCACUACUACUACUCAAGCCUCAGACGCAAGCGUGUUUCUCCUUUUCCUCCCUCUGUUCUGGACCUCCCAAUACACUACUAGCCUGGCGUGCGGAGUAGCAAUCUCCUCGUCAGCAUCAUUAUUAUUCUCUCUUUUGCCUAGCUGCUAUACUACCUACUAGUCAAUUCGGCGGACAAGUGUUUGGACUUAGGCCAUGGUCUAAGGUCCUGGUCAGAAACCCCGGUCACUCGCAUAUCUACUAUCCGGCAACAAUAUCCCCGAUCCUACAAGCAGUCGGAUGUCUAGUCCUUAUCCUACAUCGACGUCGUCGUCGUCGUCGUCGGUACCCAAGUUCACCGCUGGUGCAUGGCAGGAGGAUUCAGACCAGGAACAGAGACCCGCAACAAUGGCUGCCAAUGAUGCCCUCGAGCACUCAUGGCACACUCGUUCGCGAUCCAGUGCGCAGUCACAGAGUCCCCGGCGACUUUCAGUCUUCAGCGGACGGUCGAGAAGCAAUACGACCACGUCAACAACUACCUCUCUGAUGUCCAACCGCCAGUCGCCGGCGUCGUCGAUGACCUCUCUCGAUGCAUCGUCACUGCGUUCGCAGGAGGAGCGGUCUGGUUCUACUGCGGGACUCGAGAAGCAGGAGAGCACGUCCAAGUCGUUCUUUUCUCGGGGCAGCCGAAUCAUCAGACGGCAGGGAAGCAAGUUCAGCAUAUCGGCUACUCUCGAUGAGGCGGACGAAACAGAGAAAGAAAAGGAGAAGGAGAAGGAGAAAGAGAAACAAAGAGUCAGCGAAUUGUUCAGCAGGAAGUCGCGUCGAAGCGAAUCUCAUGAGCAAAUCAAACGUAUCAUCUCAGACCCUUUUGACUUUCACCAUCUUACCCAUACCAACCCCGCUCAAUUCCAAGCGAUAGAUAACGCCAGUAGGAAUGAGUUAGUGACCGAGUUCUCUGCCAUUCGUGCCUCGCAGAGGCCCGGAACCGAGCUCAAAGGUAUCAGGGCGGAGGAUAUCCAUUUCCGCAACUUUUCUGAUGUCGACCUGUCCACUUAUCGCCCGGAAGAGGGCGGCGAAGAUUCCCAGUACGGCUCCGCUAUGAGCCCUCCAGUGUCUCCUGGUACUUCACUUCCAACCAGCCCGGUGCGAUCAACUCCGGAAGUAUCUGCUCGCUUGGUAGAUAACUUCUCUCGUCCGGUAUCGAAACACCAGAAGGUCCCUUCGUACCCAUCGAUCGUGCCGCCACCUCGUGUCUCGUCCAGACUGGCACGUUCUCCCGACUUGACUGAAGGACCAACGCAAGCAGUUGACGGGAAUACGGGGUCGGUGUCGCCGCCAGCGCGCUCCCGAAUGGGAAGUCUCGAUGAGAUCCUCGAUCCUUCUGCCCGACUUGAUGGAGGCAAUGCAGUCACUACACCCGACGAGUCUUUCGACCCGAACCGGAGCUCGUAUUUUACGAUGCAGCCUUCAGAUCUGGAGGACGUACCGGAGGAGGAAGAGGCAACUUUCUGGCGCGACGGUUCGGACCAUAGCUCUCGACCAUCCACAUCCCGAUCUUUCGUCCACCAGGAGGACGAAGCAUUGGCCGUAAGAGCUUCUGCUAUGCCGAAAUCUCGAGACGGUCUGUCAAUGUAUAUUGAAGAUGAUCUGGCCGCGGAUUUGUCGGCUUCCCUAGGAUCACCUACACUCCCGCAGAGCCUAGGUAAUCUGAAGGAGUCACCCAUUCCUCAAGCAGAAGAUCUCAGCAGGGGAGUCGCUAGCAGGAGGCCUACCCUCGGCGAGGCCUUCUUUGACAAUUGGGACGAAGAUAUCGAUUAUUGCUAUGAACAUGCAGCUGAGUCUAACUGCAACUUCGACUGGCAUCGCAGCUCCCUCGAGGAAGCGGACGGUCGAGAUGCUGAGCUUCCACUUCAACACCCAGAGGCUACUAAUAAGUCCUCAAAGAGGCAAGAAAAGGGUGCGCUAAAUUCCCUUUAUCUGGACCCGGCCGAUCUUGCAACACCUGACCUUGAACCCGGAUCUACACAGUCUCUGAUGACGGCACAUAGCGUGGUGACGCCCUCGACAUCGGGGGAUGCACUCGAUUAUCUCUCAGGCGGAAAGCACAACGUGCAGGGGGAUUACUUUAGGGCAAGCCAGCUCUUACCGUCGCCCUUGGGAAAGGACAUUUCGCAGGAAACGCUAUAUGAAGAGUACCUAACCGCUGAUGGUGCAUCGGACCGGCACUUUUCGUUCUGGUCCCAGAGGGGCUCGCAGUAUUUGGAACAGCCCGUCUCUCCCCGGAGCAGCUGUUCUCCCAUCAGCAAGUGCAACUCGCAGGAGAGCAUGAUCUUGUCUCGUGCAGCUUCAAUUGUCCGCAAGCAUCGUUCCUCCAUCUCGACCAUCAGUGUCCCUGAAUUGGUGCCCAGCGCGAGCAGCAGUCGCGAGCAUAUGUCCCAGGACAGUUUUGGGUCCAUCGAGCCUCCUAGUUAUGCUGCUGGCGGCCCUGCCGCGGCACAUACCCAGGGAGCCUCGUCCCCACGCCACCGUGCAACCAGAAGCUAUGGCCUUGACCUUAGUGAGAUGGCCCGCCAAACCUCAAUGCCAGUGCAGCAUAAGGGUAGAUCCGUGUCGACGGUUGACGCCCACAGUGCUGCCGCCGCCGCGAGCAUGAUGAAGGAAGAGGGUCUACCCUUCGCGGCAAGAAUGCAGUCGGCGGCUUUGAACAAGGCCAUCGGCCAGAAGAAACAGAGGAGCUACUCCCUCUUUCCUACACCUGCGCCGGCAUCACCGCGCUUUCGAAAGUGAUCUGUUUUGCGUACGGAUCACACCUGGAGUCCACCAGAUCCGAAUCACCUUCAUUCAUCAUCUUUCACUCCUCAUAUCCAUCAUUCAGACACUCCCGGUAUACUAUAUGACUUCACGAAUUCCCUUUUAGCAUUGCAUCUGUGAUUUUGCGUCAUCCAACUUUUGGCG